UCUCACUGUAUCAGCGACUCUCACCUUCCACUGAGCCCCACACCAGCUGUUCUCCCACCAGCCAGCUGUUCACCUGCUGCCAGAUCUGCUCCACCCUCUGUGACACACUUCAGUUGUUGGCAUCCGGGGCUGGGUGGACCCAGAAGAGAAGCGUGUCUGGCUUUGAAUCUGCAGAGAACUCAGAUGAUUCAUGAAGGCAGAUGAAGACCAUGUUGUCCUUGGAACCCAGAGCCCUAGUCCUAGUCCAGCUGUCACUAAAGUACCUGCUCCUGGAGGAGCUGUUGGGCACCUGUGCGGGAACCCAUACUCUGCACUAUGACCUCAUGGCCUUGUCUCUGGAGGCGUCAAAGAAGUCCCAAUUCAGAGCCCAGGGAUACAUUGACAAUGAGCUCUUCCUGCGCUAUGAUGGCUACAGGAGAAGAGAAGAGCUCUGGGGGCCUAGGAUCAAGGGACAUAGAGGAGCUGAGAUCUGGACAAGAGAGACUGAGGACAUGCAGGAGAAGGAGGAGCAACUCAGGAGGAUGCUGACUGAGGUCAUGACCCAGAAGGGCCAGCGUGGAGGCAUUCACACCCUUCAGGCAACUUUUGGCUGUGAAACCCAAGGAAACAACACUGGAGGCUUCUGGCGCUUGGGCUAUGAUGGGCAAGACUUCCUCACCUUUGACCAGAAGAGCCAAACAUGGAAAGUGGCCGUGCCUUCAGCACACUCAUCCAAGACCUUCUGGGAGAGGCAUGGCCCCAGUGUGGAACAAGUUAAGACUUUUCUGAAUGGCAUAUGUCCUGACCGUCUCCAGAGAUAUUUGAUUUAUUUGGGGAGAGAAUUGAUGGAUACAGGUUCCCCAAACAUGACAGUGACCAGCAAAGUGCACAAACUGGGCAAGAUCACCCUGACAUGCUGGGCUUUUAAUCUGAAUCCUGCUGUGGCCACCCUGGCCUGGCUUCAGCAUGGGAAGCCGGCACAGCAGCAUACCUUUGGGCCUGGGACCAUCCUGCCCAGCGGAGAUGGGACCUACCAGACCUGGGUGUCUGUUUGGGUUCUUCCUGGACAGGAACCACACUUCACCUGCCGUCUGAGACACCGCAGCAAGAACAUUGAGGUCCCUACACUCCUUGAAAUGGAGGAGGAGAGGAUCCACUGGGGGACACAAAAAGUGAUUCGGGAGGGAAUGGGAGGAGAGGAGAGAGUGGAAACUCCAGUCCCAAUGUAG